AUGACCUUCAGCCUCCUCAAAAAGGGGCCAAAAGACCUGGGAAGGCAGACGCUGGUGAGCAUCCUCCGAGGGCAUGGCUCUCUUGCGUAUGAGAGGACAUCAGGGAGACUAGCGGUACCCACCAUGCGAUUUCGGCGCCUGACCCCUGGCUACUUCCGAGUGCUACAGAUGCAGAUAGCCGGGGAGCUGAAGGCAGAGCCCCGGAGUCCGCUGGUGGGGAUUGUGGCUGCACUGCUGGCUGUCCUCGGGCUGGGCGGCUCCUGCUAUGCUGUCUGGAAGAUGGUGGGGCAGCGGCGGCCGCCACAGGCUCCGUGA